UUAUUUGUGUGGACCACCCAAAUUCCCCUGUGCUAAUGAUACCUCCUAAACCAGGACCCUGCAUUCGCUAUAUCUGGUCUCCCCGGACCCUGCAUUCGCUAUAUCUGGUCUCCCCGGACCCUGCAUUCGCUAUAUCUGGUCUCCCCGGACCCUGCAUUCGCUAUAUCUGGUCUCCCCGGACCCUGCAUUCACUAUAUCUGGUCUCCUGGACCCUGCAUUCACUAUAUCUGGUCUCCCCGGACCCUGCAUUCACUAUAUCUGGUCUCCCCCGGACCCUGCAUUCACUAUAUCUGGUCUCCCAGUCUCCCAGAGACCCUGCAUUCACUAUAUCUGGUCUCCCCGGACCCUGCAUUCACUAUAUCUGGUCUCUCCCGGACCCUGCAUUCACUAUAUCUGGUCUCCCAGGACCCUGCAUUCACUAUAUCCGGUCUCCCAGGACCCUGCAUUCACUAUAUCCGGUCUCCCCGGACCCUGCAUUCACUAUAUCCGGUCUCCCCGGACCCUGCAUUCACUAUAUCCGGUCUCCC